UGCCUACUCAACCAACACAACAUGACUCAACUGGAGAGAGAGAGAGAGAGACAGAAAGAGAGAGAGAGAGUCUGUUUAGCUCUCUCUGUGCUUCCGUCGUGUGUUUCGCCACUCGCCAGUCCUAUAGGAUAUGUUGAAGCGCGCACUCUAAAGAUAAUUUGCUUGGAUUUUUCCCCCCUCAUCCGAAUGUUGACUAAGUGAUGGGAUGGCGAUGACAGUGAACCCUCGGGGCAUCAUACAGACUUGUCCUUCUCUUCCUCGCUCCGCCCAACUCCUCCUCCUCCUCCUGCUCCUACACCUCCUCUCCGACGGGGUCCAGGCCCAGCUCAGCUCCUCUGCGUUGUCGUUCACCCAGCCUUCCUACAACGUUUCAGUCUACGAGAACUCUGCAGCCAGGACCUACACCCAGAGUGCUGUGAGGAUGGGUGUGGUCCUGGACCCAGCUCUUACCUGGGAGGUCAGGUACUCCAUCGAGGCUGGGAACAGCGAGGGCAUCUUCCAGGCUGAGAACCUGGUGCUGGGGGACUUCAGCUUCCUGAGGGUGCAGACCAACGGAGGCAGUGGAGGCACCUUGAAUCGGGAGGUGCAGGACAAUUAUACACUGACGGUGCGGGCCACAGCACAAGGUGGGCUGGAGGCCUUCACCACCGUCUUCGUCAACAUCCUAGACAUGAAUGACCUUCGACCUCUGUUUGCCCCGACCUCCUACUCCUUCGUGGUCCCCGAGGGUUCUCCGCUGGGCGCCAGCGUCGGCAGAGUAACGGCCACGGACGCAGACGUAGGAUCCAACGGGCAGUUUUACUACUUCUUCAGGGAACGUGUGGAGCUGUUCUCGGUGCACCCCACCAGCGGGGUCGUGACCCUGACUGGCCAGCCAAUAACGGGGCAGCGGAUGGAGCUGGAGGUCCGAGCGGUGGACCGAGGGAUAAAGCUCUACGGGACCAACGGGAUCAGCAGCACCGCUAAGGUGGUCCUGACGGUUGAACGGGUGAAUGAGUUUUCUCCGGUGCUGUCUAUGGUGGCCCUGGUGCCAUCGUGGUUGGACCAAGACCCUGUGUUUGCUGUGGUCACGGUGGAGGACCAGGAUGAGGGGGUGUGCGGGGACAUCGAGUGGGUCUCCAUCGUCGAGGGGGACCCACUGGAACAGUUUAAGGUGGACCGCUCGCCGGUCGGGAACGAGUACAAGGUGAAGACGUCAGAGCCCGUGGACUGGAAGAAGUUUCCAUACGGUUGUAACCUGACCCUCCAGGCUAAAGACAGAGGAACCCCUCCUCUGUUCUCCAACACUCAGGUGGUCCAGGUGUUAGUUAGAAAACCUCAGGCUCUCCAGGUGAGGUUUGAUAAACAGCUGUACCGGGUGAGACUGAGUGAGAUAGCGCCGCCUGGCACCAUCGUAGUGGAAGUACGGAUCGCUCCAGAACCUCCCAACGUCAACUACAGCUUCAGCCCGUUCUCUGCCUCACCGUACUUCCUCAUCAACCCUCUGACCGGGGUCAUCACUACGACAACCCCUCUGACCAGCCUAUCGCAGGACGUGGUGGAGCUGGAGGUGUUGGAGCAGGGCAGUAAACUCAGAACCAGGGUCCAGGUCACCGUAGAGGACGCUAACGACAACACGCCCACGUUCACCAGGCCGGCGUACGACGUGUCAAUCGAAGAGGCCGUGCCGGUCGGUACGGUGAUCUCGGUGGUGUCGGCGGUGGACGAUGACAAAGGGGAGAACGGGUGUAUCACCCACAGCAUUGCUGGACUUCAGGCGCUACCCUUCACCAUUGAUCAGGACUCAGGAGAGCUGAGGACCGCUAGAGAGCUGGACUACGAGACGUCAUCUGAUCUCUACAUGUUCUCCGUCCGGGCCUCAGACUGGGGUUCUCCGUACCGGCGGGAGAACGAGGUCAACGUGACAGUGCGCCUCAUCAACGUAAAUGACAACAGACCUUUGUUUGAGAGGGUUGGCUGCCGAGGGAUGAUCGGACGGGACUUCCCUGUAGGCCAGAAUAUCGUCACCAUGUCAGCUGUGGACAUAGAUGACCUGGGGCUGGUUAAGUAUAGGAUCCUGUCAGGCAAUGAUCUGGACUACUUCAACCUGAACCCAGAUUCUGGUGCCCUGGCCUUGAGGAGGUCCCUGGCCUCCGCUAACCUCAAGACGGCUGUCUUCAACCUCAAGGUGGAGGCGACGGACGGAGAGCUUUUCUCGGAGCCGACCUACGUCAACGUGACGGUGGUCCGGGGAAGGAUGCCGUCUCGUAGUGUCACCUGCAGAGAGACAGGAGUGGCCCAGAGCCUGGCAGAGCUGGUACUACAGAAGGCUACGGCGCUGCGGAUACCCAGAGUGGAUGAGGGGUACACAGACCUGUUCUCAGCCAACAGACUGACGCCUCAGUUUGAGUCGUUCCCCUCCAGUAUUGUGGUCAGGGAGGAUCUGGCGGAGGGGGCGAGUGUCUUGCAGGUGAGGGCAACAGACGACGACACGGCUUUCAACGGUCACAUCCUGUACGCCAUCUCCAACGGCAACAGAGACAGCUGCUUCGACAUCGCCAUGGAGACGGGCCUGAUGACAGUGUACCGGCCGCUGGACCGCGAGCGGUCUGACCGUUACGUCCUGAACGUGACCAGCUACGACCAGGGUCUGCCUCAGCGGUCCAACUGGAGGCUACUGACCGUCAACGUGGAGGACGCUAAUGAUAACAGCCCUCUGUUCGCCAAGGACAGCUACAUCGUGGUGGUCCCUGAGAACACAGCGUCGGGUACUGAGGUGGUGCAGGUAGUUGCCGUAGACAGAGACCUCGGCUCCAACGGAGAGGUCUCCUACUCGCUGCUCACCGCCGUGCCGCAGUUCAGCAUCAACAGCAACACGGGGGCAGUGGUCGUGGCGGGCCAGCUCGACCGGGAGACCAUCCCAGCGUUUAGCCUGAAGGUGGAGGCCAGGGAUAAGGCGGAGAAAGGGACCCAGCGGUUCACGGUGACUACUCUGAGUAUAACACUAGAGGAUGUUAAUGACUGCCCCCCGCUGUUCGUCCCUGAGAGCUACAGCGCCCGCGUCCUGGAGGACCUGCCACUAGGGGCAGUCAUCGCCUGGCUGCAGACCCAGGAUUCAGACCUCGGACUGGGGGGACAGGUCUCCUACGCUCUGGCCAAUGACGGAAACGGCAUCUUCGAGGUGGAUGCAGUGAGCGAAGCAGAGAUGGUGGAUGCAGUGAGCGGCGCAGUGAGGGUGGGGAAGCAGCUGGACUAUGAGAGACAGCAGAUCUAUAACCUGACUGUAGUUGCCGAGGAUAGAGGGACACCUAUCCUACGCUCUCUCUCUUACCUGGACAUAGAGUUUGCCGUGCGGGGCAGUGUGAAGGAGGACAGCAGAGUAGGGACCAGUGUGCUGGUGGUCAGUGCUAGAGACGAGGGGGGAGACAGGGUCGUCAGCUACUCUGUCAGAGGAGGCAGUGGGAUCGGCAGCUUCUCCAUCGAUGAGGAAACAGGUAUGCACCAUGAUGGAUUCCUUGGAACCAGUACUGAUAAAAGUCACUGCACACCCCUGCAGUGGAACCAGUACUGGCAGAAGUCACUGCACACCCCUGCAGUGGAACCAGUACUGGCAGAAGUCACUGCACACCCCUGCAGUGGAACCAGUACUGAUAAAAGUCACUGCACACCCCUGCAGUGGAACCAGUACUGGCAGAAGUCACUGCACACCCCUGCAGUGGAACCAGUACUGGCAAAAGUCACUGCACACCCCUGCAGUGGAACCAGUACUGGCAGAAGUCACUGCACACCCCUGCAGUGGAACCAGUACUGGCAAAAGUCACUGCACACCCCUGCAGUGGAACCAGUACUGGCAAAAGUCACUGCACACCCCUGCAGUGGAACCAGUACUGAUAAAAGUCACUGCACACCCCUGCAGUGGAACCAGUACUGGCAGAAGUCACUGCACACCCCUGCAGUGGAACCAGUACUGGCAAAAGUCACUGCACACCCCUGCAGUGGAACCAGUACUGGCAGAAGUCACUGCACACCCCUGCAGUGGAACCAGUACUGGCAGAAGUCACUGCACACCCCUGCAGUGGAACCAUGGAACCAGUACUGGCAGAAGUCACUGCACACCCCUGCAGUGGAACCAGUACUGGCAGAAGUCACUGCACACCCCUGCAGUGGAACCACUACUGGCAGAGGUCACUGCACACCACUGCAGUGUAACCAGUACUGGCAGAAUUCACUGCCCAUCCCUGCAGUGGACCCAGUACUGACAGAAGUCACUGCACACCCCUGCAGUGGAACCAGUACUGAUAGAAGUCACUGCACACCCCUGCAGUGGAACCAGUACUGGCAGAAGUCACUGCACACCCCUGCAGUGGAACCAGUGCUGCCAGAAGUCACUGCACACCCCUGCAGUGGAACCACUACUGGCAGAAGUCACUGCACACCCCUGCAGUGUAACCAGUACUGGCAGAAGUCACUGCACAUCCCUGCAGUGGACCCAGUACUGACAGAAGUCACUGCACACCCCUGCAGUGGAACCAGUACUGAUAGAAGUCACUGCACACCCCUGCAGUGGAACCACUACUGGCAGAAGUCACUGCACACCCCUGCAGUGGAACCAGUACUGGCAGAAGUCACUGCACAUCCCUGCAGUGGAACCAGUGCUGCCAGAAGUCACUGCACACCCCUGCAGUGGAACCAGUAUUGGCAGAAGUCACUGCACACUCCUGCAGUGGAACCAGUACGGGCAGAAGUCACUGCACACCCCUGCAGUGGAACCAGUGCUGGCAGAAGUCACUGCACACCCCUGGCCCCUCAGACUCACACUGGGAGCUAG